AUGUGUGGGUGUGUGGGUGUGAUUUCAAAUGUUGAUGAAAAUUUUCAAGUGAAAACUAUUGUAACCAUGAGUGACAUCGACUACGAAGCACUCGAAAAAGAGGUUCCGUUGGACGAUAUUGACUUUUCCGACUUGGAAGAGCAAUAUGCUGUCAAGCCAGACUUUGGAAUUGACAAUUUUGUCGUUGUUGAUGGUGCGCCAAUCGCGCCCGAAGCCAAGGUACCAGUGUUGAUCAAGGUUUUGAAAAAGCUUUUCAGUACAGUUGGAGAAAUUGUAGAGGGAGAAGAAGGGAUUCACAUGCCAUUAGAAGAUGGAAAGUCGAAGGGAUUCUUGUUUAUUCAGUUCAAAACUGCCCAAAUGGCCGAUGCGGCCAUCCAACAAAUGCAUGGAAAAAAAUUGGAUCAGAAGCACAGAUUGCUUGUUAACAAAUUGAGUGAUAUUGAGAAAUACGGCAUUGAAGGAAACGUGCCUACUGAGUUCAAAGAACCUGAAAUUCCUCCUUUCAAAAGUCACGGUUAUCUCAAAUCGUGGUUGCAGGAUGAACAGGGCCGUGAUCAGAUUGGCUUACAUUAUUCUGAUACUUUUGGUGUCUACUGGAACAAGAGAAAGUCUCCAGAACCAGUCAUUGAACCAAGAAAGGGUUUCACCUCCAAAUAUGCCAAAUUUUCUCCAAAGGGUACCUACCUUUUCUCCAUCCAUCCCCAGGGUAUCCAGUCAUGGGGUGGUGCUCAGUUUGAAAGUAUCAGCAAAUUUAUUCACUCCCAAGUGAGGUUGAUUGACUUUUCUCCUAAUGAAAAAUACUUGGUGACCUUGUCGCCUCAGCCAAUUCAGGUUCCUGAAAAUCCAGCCGAGAGAGCCCUGUACCCCUUUGGACCAGAAAGCAAUGGUCACAAAUUGGUUAUUUGGGAUUUGGCUACUAGUGAACCUGCCAGAACCUUUGCCUUACCUCCUCAUUUGGAAGGUCAAAAGGAAAUGCCAUGGCCAUUGGUGAAAUGGUCACACGACGACAAGUACUGUGCUCGUCAAGGACCGGGUGCAUUAGCCAUCUAUGAGACUCCUAGCUUCCAGCUUUUGGACAAAAAGUUGGUCAAGAUUGACGACAUUGUUGAUUUUGAGUGGGCUCCAGCUCCUGUCUAUCUUGACACCAGCAGCCAAAAUGGUCCUGGAGAGCAUGUCUUGUCGUAUUGGACUCCAGAAAGUUCUAACCAAACCGCCAGAGUUGCUUUAAUGCAAAUACCUAGCAGACAAGUUCUUCGUACCAUCAACUUGUUCCAAGUCAGUGACUGUAAGAUGCACUGGCAAGAUGAAGCUAAAUAUUUGUGUGUGAAGGUUGAUCGUCAUACCAAGUCUGGAAAGACCAUAUUCUCCAAUUUGGAGUUCUUUAAAGUUACCGAGAGAGAUAUUCCUGUGGAAAAAUUGGAGUUGAAAGAAGUGGUUAUUAAUUUUGCAUGGGAACCAAGAUCCGAUAGAUUCGUCACUAUUUCUAGAUUGGACGACGGUGCACUCAAUCCUGCUAUCCCCAAAAACACCAUUGCGUUCUACGCUCCAGAAACUUCCAAGACAAAGGGAGGUGCCAUCACCUCAUCCAAAUACAAGGCAUUCGAGACUGUUGUUGAUAAGCAUUCCAAUACAGUGUACUGGUCGCCCAAGGGAAGAUUUGUGGUCAUUGCAACUUUGGCAAGAUCUAAUGGAGAAUUGGAGUUUUAUGACUGCACUUAUGAGGAAGAAAAUGUUAGGACUACAUCUAAGAACAACGUCAAGUUGUUGAAGUCUGAGAAGUUUUCUGGUAUGACCAACCUCGCCUGGGAUCCUUCAGGAAGAUUUGUGGCUGCAUGGUCAUCUUCAUGGAUCCACACCAUCGAAAACGGUUACAAGAUGUUCGAAUUUACCGGUAAUAUGUUGAGAGAUGAGUCAAUCGACAACUUUAACGAAUUCUUGUGGAGACCAAGACCUCCUUCGAUGUUGAAUGCUGCUGAUAGAAAGAAGGUGAGAAAGAACUUGCGUACUUAUAGUGCUCAAUUCGAAGAAGCCGAUGCUAUGGAGGCCGAUGCUGCCACCAGACAACUCAUUUUGACGAGAAGAAAGCAAUUAGAAGAAUGGAGAGCUUACAGAGCCAAGCAUGCCUCUGCAGGACACCAAAAGAAGGAAGACAAGAUGACUGUUAUCGAGGAAAUCAAAGAGGAGAUCAUCGAGGAGAAGGAGGAAAUCGUGGAGUAA